GUUAAGAGUGUGUACAGCUAAAGCUUCUAUACUAAAAUGCGUAAAUUUGAGUUGUUUCUAAUAUAUUCGGGUUUUAUUGCAUUUUAUGCAGCAAAUGCCGAAAAUGAAACAGAUAAAUUACCCUGGAAAAUUGCAGGAAUUCAGCUCGAAUACGUAAUAAAACUUGACGAUAGUCAAGAACAUAUUGUUUCUGGUUUUCAUUUUGAACUGUUUAAAAUUCUGCAAGAAAGAUUAAAAUUCACGUAUAAAAUAGUAAAACCAAUUCCAAAGACUUUCGGCGGAAGAGACAAAAAUGGUUCUGCAAUAGGAAUGUACGGACAACUCAUAAAUAAUGAAGCGGAAUUUGCCUACGUUCCAAUCAAGACUCCUGCACAAAAUCCCAACUGGAAAUCCAUUAUUAAUUCAUUUUCAUAUGAGAUUUGGAUGAUAUUAAUUGCAUCCAUAAUCGUAUUCGGAUUGAUUUUGCAUCGAGUAAUAAACACAAAUUUUUCUGAGAGUCGGGCUCAUGAAACAUGGUCGAGAGGAAAGACGUUUUGGUUCUUAUUCGGGUCUUCUGCAAAUCAAGCCGAAAAUGAAACAGAUAAAUUACCCUGGAAAAUUGCAGGAAUUCAGCUCGAAUACGUAAUAAAACUUGACGAUAGUCAAGAACAUAUUGUUUCUGGUUUUCAUUUUGAACUGUUUAAAAUUCUGCAAGAAAGAUUAAAAUUCACGUAUAAAAUAGUAAAACCAAUUCCAAAGACUUUCGGCGGAAGAGACAAAAAUGGUUCUGCAAUAGGAAUGUACGGACAACUCAUAAAUAAUGAAGCGGAAUUUGCCUACGUUCCAAUCAAGACUCCUGCACAAAAUCCCAACUGGAAAUCCAUUAUUAAUUCAUUUUCAUAUGAGAUUUGGAUGAUAUUAAUUGCAUCCAUAAUCGUAUUCGGAUUGAUUUUGCAUCGAGUAAUAAACACAAAUUUUUCUGAGAGUCAGGCUCAUGAAACAUGGUCGAGAGGAAAGACGUUUUGGUUCUUAUUCGGGUCUUCUGCAAAUCAAGGAGGUAAUUUAAACAAUGUAAAACGACUUGCUGCAAGAAUAAUGAUUGGAAUAUGGCUGCUUUCUGUUGUGGUCAUACUUUCCUGUUAUAAUAGCAAAUUAACAUCAUUCAUGACAUCUCCAAUUAUUGAUUUGGUACCCAGAACUGUACAGGAAUUAGCCUUAACAGUUAAAAAUGGAGAAUACGUGUGUGGCGUAUUACCAGGUGGACCGAUUCAGAAAUUCAUCAUGAGCUCAGAAUUAGAUGAUGUGAAAGUUCUGGCUAAUCACAUUAGACAACGAAAUAACUAUUUCAAUGUUAAAGACGGAUUCCAACGUGUUUUAGAAGGUCAUUUUGCAUUGAUUGGUUACGACGACACUUUUAAAGUAUUCAUGAAAAAACAUGGAUCUGAGAAAUUUCUUUUAUCAAGAGAUGCCUUUGCAACAUUUACAACAGCAUAUAUAUCAUCUAAAGAAUUUCCAUAUAAUAAUGCGGUAUCAAAAAUUGUUUCGAGAUUGUUUGAAGCUGGCAUCAUCGAUUUUCAUACAAAGGAAUCGAACGAAAUUGCAGAAUCCUCCGCAGUACGUCCUUUGACCUACGAAGAUUUUCUUGGUCCAAUAUUCCUUAUUUUAUGUGGCUAUAUGUUAUCCACACUCUCUUUCGUUUUUGAGCUUUUCUCAAAAAAUGUUUAAUGUAUACUUUUUUUAGUAAAAGUAAAUUCUGUAUAAU